AUGGCGCACGCACGAGAAGUUCAAUACAACAAAACACCUCGGUUUUUCGCAACCGCCAGAGUGACGGCUUCCCCAGACUCUCCCUCCAAAGGUGUCACCGACGCUGCGUAUAAAAAUUCUGUUUUCUCGCCUGUCGUCUCUUGCUCUCUACCACAACAAUCUCCCGUUCACUCCAUAUUAUGCUCCAUCCCACCGACAGUUCCCAGCACUUUCUCUCUCUCUAUGGCCCGACUCCGCCCCAGUCGGGAGGACGUUUUUGGAGCUCCUCCAACCUCCAAUUCUGGUUCCAGAGAAAUCGGUGCCAUCGGAGAUGGUAGGAUCAGGAACGCCCUGGAUUGCGAGGACGCUCAUGUUGAACAACUACUCCGUACUUUGAACCUCAAUUCUCCUGCACCGCCUCCUCAAAAGCCAGCCAUCGACUUGAAUGUCGAUACAUUUCCAAGCUCUCCUGAUUUUUCUCCUGCUUCCGUAUCCUCCGCUCUUUUGACACCCACCGAUCUUUCUCCUGUCCGCUCUUUUGAGUUGAAAUUUCCUGCUCAGUAUGAACACGGACAACACCAACCUUAUUUCUCUCAAUCUUCCUUGCUUUUCGAGAACGGUUCUCCCGGAAAGCAUCAGGAUACGCUUGUCGCUCAUUCUCCUUCUUACCCACACUUCUCUCAUUCCAAUCAGCCCUCCAAUGCUUUUCCUUUCUUUGAACCAUUCACUGAGCCACCUACCCCUGCUCCAAUUAACUCUGUUCAUACUCAGUACCACCCAGCAUCCCCUACGUCGCUCCCUCAUUCUCUCUACAGCUCACCUUUACCUCCUCGUCGCAUGGAAUCGGCUAGGCCCUCACCUAUGGAUUGGCGCUUAACGCAGCAGCUUCAACAACAGCCGGCGUCUACUCACCCUGACUGGCGCCUCGCCUGUGAAAAAAACUUUGGUAUCAAUGCUCAAGAAGAUUCUCUCCGCUCAUCGUUCAGCUACCAGCAGUCGACGGCUUCUCAAGCAUUCCAGUCUUCGCAUGAGCCAAUUAACUUUCUCUCCCUCUUACAUCCUUCGUCGUCUCCUCCUUAUCAUGUCUUCGUCGCACGCAUCAUCAAAUCGUCGGACCAACAGGCGUCCAUCUUUCUUCAACAAAAGCUCAAGGUCGCUGACGUCGAAGAACGUGCCAAGAUUGUCGAUGCUAUAUGUGCCAGAGGGUUCGAAAUGAUGGCUCAUCGCUUCGGCAACUGGGCAGUCCAGCGGUGCCUUGAAGCGGCAGCGACUGCUGAAGAACGCCGAAAGAUAGUGUCGUGCAUGAGAGGCCGUAUCGUGGAUCUGGCCACCAACUGCUAUGGCUGUCACGUAUUGCAGAAGGCGCUCGACUGUGAAGAGGAUAUUCGUUUGUUGAUCGUCUCCGAGCUGCUUCUCGGAGAUCCAGCACAAACGCUCGUGAACAAGCAUGCCUCCCACGUCUGGAGCAAGAUCAUGGAAUUGUCGUGGACGGCCCCUGCCCCGCCCAUCUUUGCAUACGUCAACAGGUCCCUGAAGGGCAAAUGGGCUUCGCUUGCCUGUCAUGAGACUGGCUCCCUCGUCGUGCAGCAUGCGUUCGAAAAUCUUGAGGCUGAAGCCAAGGAUGGAAUUGUUGACGAGCUGCUGAACCAAGGACCGGCGGUUUUCAGCGAAGUUACCAAGAACCAGUGGGGUUCCUAUUGCGUACAGCAUAUCCUGGAACAUGGGUCUGAUAAGCAUCGUCGCAUGACACUGGAUCACCUCCUGGAUGGUCUCCUGGAAUUCGCUACAAGCGAGCAAGGUGCAAAAUCGGUAACGAAGGCUCUCAAGGAAGGUGGCAAGGAUACUUUGGAUAAGGUUGUAAAGCGUAUGUGCGAACCAGCAAAAGGUGCGCGUCGAGCCAUGAUCGUCGACCUAGCCCUCUCUGUUACAGGAAGUCAGUUGAUCGCCAGCGUCCUGCCUACUGCGGACAAGGAUCAGCGAGCGCUCCUUUACGAGUGUAUUCGCGGCCACAUCGUCACCUUACGUGGCUGCAAGACUGGUUCCAAGGUUAUUUGGCUGUUCGCGCCUACUACGGCUAUUGAAGAUUGUGUGGUUCACCUCACGACCUGUCCUUUGGCUGCUCUCUUUCGGACCAUGAACCAGCCAGCUUGA